GCAGUAACUGUUUAUCCCCGCUUACGGUUGCAUUUGUUUUAAACUUUUUUUUUUUUGGCAGCUACAACACCAUGACCAACUUGGCGUCGCUGCUCCUGUUGCUGGUCUCGAUCUCACUUCUCACGACGCAGGCUCAUUGCGCCCAGGAUGCGCCAGGACUCUUUUAUCUUGUCUUAGCUUUGUCUUCCAUGGGAUACCUGUACCUGGCAACGCUGCUCCUCCUUUGGUUCGUGGUCCUGUUCUGUCUGAAUGGUCUAGUAAUUGUUUUGGAACUCUUUGGCGUCGGUUCGCGAGUGAUGCAGUGGGAAGGCGCUACACAGGACAUGUUGGACGAGGUUCCAAUCAUCAAAUUCACGAAACACGAUCUGAACAGCGCUUCACCAGUCCAGGACCGAGAGGAGGGCUCGCCAUCAUCCUCGGACGAAAAGAGCACCGCGAUGCCAAGCAUUGUUGUAUCAGACGAUUCUGCGGGAGUACAGUCGGGAAGACAGGAUUCGUCAGGGAUCGUCGUUAUUGACAUGAGACAGACUUCUCGUGUAGAGGAAAGCAAUCCAGUCUCUCUGACUACUAACUUGCCAGACACGGAGGAGAACAUAGGCAACAUGCUGACAUUUGAUCAUCUGAGUUCAGAGGAGAGAGAGCUGGCAGUCCGUAUCUCGACAUCAUGUUCUAUCUGUCUAUGCGACUAUGAGGAUCUGGAGGAGCUCCGGCACCUUCCCUGCGACCAUUACUUUCACAAGGAAUGCGUGGACGAAUGGCUGAAACUCAAGCGGACAUGUCCUCUGUGCAAGUACGACAUCUCUCGGACGAAUCGCGGUGCUAAACGUUGGUCCAGGCGUUCAAAUCGACACCAGACAAGUGGAAGCGAUGGUGCUCGUGGGUCGCGACGCUUUUCGCUGAGGAGAUAAUGUGUCUAGUCAACAAUACCACCCAAUGUAAAUAUCAUGUAAUUCACUUGUUUGUAUUAAAAAAAAAAACUGAAUUUACAAAAGCAUGGCGAAUGCUUUCUCUGCACACAGUCUACAUUAGAGCUAAU